CAAGCCAAUGUUUUCUUACUUUACAUUAAUUAUUGUUUAUAAUUUAUUAUUCACUUGAAAAGUUACAAACAGUGAAGUAGCUGCAAUUUAAAAUGCCUGCUUUUGAAGCACCAUGUGUGGAGCUUGGCAGUGCUCCUCAAACUCCUAGCAUUGCAGCCUCGCCAUCACCCUCUGAAAUAUCUAGCGCUAGUUCGCCUGAGCCCCAAAUUAUACGCGCCACUCCUUUAUUCAGAGCAUUGGCGAUGCCUCCUCCGGAGCCUGAACAACCACCAGGCCAAGACGAACUUGAGCGACGUCUUCCUGGCUAUCGACGAAUAGUGAUUCCUAGGGAACUGACGUUGAUCGAAUUACUCAAACAGUGUAGUGGUGUGGCCACUGACGAGGACGUGCUACGCAUUAGAGAAGCAAAAUUGCGGGUAGUGGCUGAACGAGUCGGCUUGAGGAGAUUACACGUGCUCGCUCCUAGACUUCGCUCGCUGACUCUGGAUGGCAGCGCUCUUACAUCUUUACGUGAUCUUGGGAUUGGCUUAGUGCAUUUAAAAAUUUUGAGCGUAAAUCGAUGUGGCCUGACCAGCUUGGAUGGAGUGUGGGGGUUAGGUGCUUUGCGCGAGUUUCAUGCGUCUGGAAACCGUCUUCAAGACCUACAACCAUUGGCGGCAUUGCAGAAGUUACAUACACUCAAUUUAUCUGACAAUCCUGUCCCAGACACCAGUCGAAUCUGGACUCUUGGCGUUUGCGGUUCAUUGCGUCGGUUAACUUUGAAAGGCUCUCCGGCAGCAGAUUUGCCUCAAUACAGGUCACGGAUUGCGGCCUCCCUACCCAUGCUUGUCUAUUUGGAUGAUCAUCCAUUGCACCUAGAUAUUGAAUACGAUACAGAAGGUAUUUUUGGGCCGAUGUCUAGCUCAGAUUCUGAAGCAAGUGAUGUAGAGAUGGCAGAACUAAAACCAUCCCUAGAAGUCCCUACUUCUGAACCGGAGCCAGGCCCAUCAUCACAAUUUCCUGAGGAAAAGACCGGCGAAGGUAUUGAGGACGAAGUGUUGCCCACCAUUCGCCGACAUCGACGACCGGCGACUACUGAGAGUGCGGGCUUACGACCAGUGCGCCCUGCCCUACCACCGAGGCCACGUACUGCUCACGAGCGACCCAAUAUAGACGCUCCGACCAGACUGCAGAUACUAAACUCUUUGAUGGACGAGGAGUGGCGCUGUAGUGGCAGCAAGCUGACUUCUCACGAGCCCGUGUGCGGUAAUCUGACCCGAGCUUUGCGACGUCCCGUAACUGCCCGGAAGAAUUGCGUUGACGAAGAGAAGGAGAUGGUCGAACAGGCGAUGGAAGAGGCUACUCGUGCCCUAGCAGCAGAAAUACCAAGGGCACCUCGUCUCGAAGACUGGGCGAAGUUCAGGGAGGAAACCGGAAUCGACAUCGACAUAGAUUUUAACGAACGGCCAAGAGAUGCGGAUCCCACGAAAGUAAUGGAGCGUCUGGAGAGAAUAGAAAAAGAAACCAUGGAACGGUUCAAUCAAGAGAACAACGGGGGAAAUGGUGAAAACAGCGCUCUUCCAAACGCUACGUUCGGGAAUUUUACCAUGACCGUCAUGAACGAUAUUGAUACGUGGAGAGGCAUGCGUGACGUGUCUCGGCACCCAGAACCCGUUACUAAUGUAGAUGCUUUAUUCAAUGAUAUCAAUUUAAUAAGGCCCAGAAGCAGAUUUAUGGGCAAUGAAGAAUAAAGAAAGAUACCGCAUUACUAAUUGAAAACGUACCUACGUUUGCACACGUUGUUAAUAAUAAGGUUAUUACUGGAAUAUUAUUGCAGAAAUUAUAGAUAUAAUUUCCUGUGAUCGGCAUCUUUUGAAUCGAACUUUAGAACAAUAUAAGUCGUGAUUCAAACCUAUUAAAAAGGUAAUGUGUAUGUAUUUCUAUUAUUGUGUAGUUGGAAGGAAUAUUUACACUUUUUAUUAGAAAAACAUUUUAUUUUAAUACUUAUAGGCAGUGAUGACAUUGAAAUGUAACUUAAGUAGCACUACUUAGUUCAGAAUACACGAUCAGGCAGCUCUAAGCUUUUGAAAAUAAUACUU